GUAAAAACUCUGAGUAUAUCAAGUUGCUGAAAACCUUGCUGAAAGCAUCAGGAGUGAAAGUCAAAACUCAGACUUUUCGAGAGCUCUUUACAUUUGUUGAAAAGCACUGCUAUUGGUUCCCAGCUCAGGGAACAGUUGACUUACAACAGUGGCAUGAGGUGGUUAGAUGUUUGCAGGUUGCUCACCGGCAGGGAGAAUUUAUUCCCUUGUCUCUGUGGUCCUUGUGCAAUCUGAUCAGCUUGGCUUUGAAGCCCUUGCAAGGUGAGGAGGUGACAUCCUCUGAGUCAGAAAAGGAGAGCGAGGCUGAGGACCAAAGGGGCUGUGAGAAGCAGAGAUUCAAGGACCGUCCCCCUCCCCGAUCUAAAAGUUCUGGGUCAGUGAGACAGUUAGGAGGACUGCCCUCUCCUCCUCUAGCAGUAAUGAACUUACCUCACCCUGAGCAGGAGAAACCUGCCCCAACCGCCCCUGCUCAUCCUGCUUUGGAUCACAAUGCUAGAUUCCACCAGAGUGCUUUGCUGAGAGGCAUCCGACAAGCUCAGCGAAGCGGGGAUGUGGAGGCCUAUGGGGUGAGGCCUUUGGUCGCCCCUGUGACUGUGACCUCUUUUGGCCCAGGUGAGAUCCUUGAGUAUCCUCAAGGAGGACAGUAUUCUGUUUAUAAAGAUUUAAAUUUUGAUAUAAUGAAGCAAUUGAAACGGGCUAUCAGUCUCUAUGGUUUACGGUCUCCUUAUACAAGAGAAUUUUUAGAAGCAUUAGUGAUAAAUGAGAACUUCAUACCCGUAGAUUGGGAUGUGCUAAGUAGGGCUUGUUUAUCCUCAGCAGAAUUUUUGCAGUUUAAGACAUGGUGGGCUGAUGCAGCAAGACAGCAAGAGAUGAGAAACCAAGCAGCUGACCCUCCCGUCCCCAUUACUGCUGAACAGCUCACGGGCACAGGACAAUGGGUUGGCUUUCACGUUCAACGGCAAUUUAGCCUGCAAGCUGUGGACCAGCUUCGAAUGUGUUGUUUAAAGGCUUGGGAUAAGAUUAUCCCUUCAGGAGAAACUAUUCCUCCUGUCGCUCAAGUUAAACAAGGGUUAAAUGAACCUUACGAGGAGUUUGUUGAGCGACUGAAUGAUAACCUAAUAAGAACAGUGAAUGAGCCAGGUCUAAGAAUAAUAUUGUUACGAAUGUUGGCCUUUGAAAAUGCGAAUAAUGAGUGUCGAAGAGUCCUGUUUCCCAUUAAGCUGAAUAAUGGAAACUUGGAGGACUAUAUCAGAACUUGUCGUGAUGUGGGAUCCCCCACAUAUAACGCAAACCUAUUGGCUGCUGCUCUUAAAAAUUUAAAUUCAGGGAAAGUUAAAGGAAAUUGCUUUCGCUGUGGAAAACCUGGACAUAUGAAAAAAGACUGUCGGUCUGAAAAACCACCUAGUAACCCUCAUUCUUUGGACCGUGAUCCAGGCACUAGUUCUAGCUAUAACUCUCAAAAUCUUGCCCCAGGAAUUGGUCCCCAGAGCGAAAAAGGAAAACCCUGGGCGAAUCAGGGUCAUUCUAAAUUUGAUAGAGAGGGCAAUGGAGCAUCGUCGGGAAACGGGAAACAGGGCCCAGCCUCGGGGCCCAACAAACACAAUACGAGGCUCAUUCAGCAAUGUCCCAGCCAGACACACAACCAGCCAGGCUGCGAAUGGUCUCUGAUCUCUACCCUGCAACCUCAGGAAGUGCGGCCCUUGAUUUAAGUAUAGCUGAGAAUGUUUUGCUUACCCCCGCUGCUGGGGUUCAAAAACUUCCUACAGGAGUCUAUGGCCCCAUUCCAAAGGGAACCGUGGGUCUGAUAAUUGGACGAAGCAGCUGUACCCUCGAAGGAGUCAAAGUUCAUCUAGGGGUUGUUGAUGAGGAUUAUCAAGGACACAUUCAAAUCAUGGUCUCCUGCCAAUACCCUUAUCAGUUAGCAGCUGGAGACCGCAUAGCUCAGCUACUAUUACUGCCCUAUGUAAAGAUGAAUUCCUCCCCACAUCAGAGGACUGGUGGCUUUGGUAGCACCAACAGCCAAAUCUGGUAUAAUACUGUCAUUCAGCCUGACAGACCCACUUGCUCUUUAAUAAUUAAUGGAAAAUCCUUCUCGGGAUUAAUUGAUACUGGAGCCGAUGUUUCCGUCAUUGCGAGGAAACAGUGGCCCUCUGCCUGGCCUUUGAAGUCUACAACCACAUCUCUGUCCGGCGUUGGCUCCGUAGAUAAAGUCCAUCAAAGUCGAUUUAUUCUGAAUUGUCAAGGGCCUGAUGGACAACAAGGUACAAUACAGCCGUAUGUAUUAGACAUGGCCUUAAAUCUCUGGGGACGAGAUUUACUUAGUCAGUGGGGAGCUUUCCUACAUAUUCCUCAAAUAUCCCCUUCUGUGAAAAAUAUUAUGUGAAUCUGAAUUAUGAUCCACAGACAGGGUUAGGAAAAAGGAGCAUGGGACAAUGGAAAGUGUCCAAAGUAAACCUCAACCCAGACACCAGCGUUCAGUAUCCAAGUUUAUAACUGGGGCUGUUGUGCAUCCACGACCCAUGCCAUUUAAAUGGUUGAUCAAAACCCCCAUUUCGCUAGAGCAUUGUCUAAAGUAAAUUGGACGUUGUUAAACAACUAACUUCAAGAACAAUUUAAAGUAGGACAUACCAGCCGGCGCUGCGGCUCAAUAGGCCAAUCCUCUGCCCGUGGCACCGGCACCUCGGGUUUUAGUCCUGAUUAGAGGUGCUGGAUUCUGUCCCGGUUGCCCCUCUUUCAGGCCAGCUCUCUGCUGUGGCCCGGGAGGUCAGUGGAGGAUGGCCCAAGUGCUUGGGCCCUGCACCCACAUGGGAGACCAUGGCUCCCGGCUUCGGAUCAGCGUGGUCCUCCGGCCGCAGAAUGCCAGCUGCGGCAGCCAUUGGAGGGUGAACCAAUGGAAAAGGAAGACCUCUCUCUCUCUCUCUCACUGUCCACUCUGCCUGUAAAAAAAAAAAAAAAAAAAAACUCAGAGUGGCAUUUGCCUUUCCUCAGAGUGAGCAAAUGAGAAUGUCCAAAAUUAAAAAAAUAAUAAUAAAAAAAUAUAGUAGGACAUACCAAGUCAUCCAUAAUUGCUUAGAAUUCUCCUUUUUUUGCAAAUUAAACCAAGAAAAUGACAAAUGUUAACAGAUGAAGAAAAUAAUGUUGCCAUUCUGCCUAUGAGACCAUCACAGCCUGGACUGCCAUCCUGCUAUGCUACCCCAAGUCUGGCCUUUACUUGCUAUUCAUUUGAAAGAUUGCUUUUUCACUCUACCUUAGGCUAAAGAAUAUAGAUAAAAAUUUGCUUUUCCUAUACCCUUUAUUAGUAUUAUAGAUCCUGCAGCUAGAUUUCAAUGGAAAGUUUGACCAUUAGGAAUGCUUAAUAGCCCUAUUAUAUGUCAAUCACUUGUUGAUCAAGUUUUAGCCCCCAUUAGAAAAAAUUUCCCUGCUCCUUAUAUUAUGCAUUACAUGGAUGACAUCCUUAUACCUGGCCCCUCCAAGAAUGAGUUACAGCUGUUAUUUAAUCAACUCCAAGAAUUUCUGCCUCGGGCAGGUAUAUCCCCUGAUAAAAUUCAGUCUCAGCCUCCUUAUUCAUACUUGGUACGAAGAUUAUUAAUAAUCAAAUUGCUCCUCAAAAGUUACAAAUAUGGAGAGUUGUUUAAAUACUCUCAAUGAUUUUCAGAAAUUACUAGGUGAUACAAGCUGACCUUGAACAUCAUUGGGGAUUCCCAAUUUUAUUUAACAUUCUAAAAGGUGAUUCUGAUCUCAAUAGUACAUGUCACGUCAUGUAACUCCUGAGGCUCUUAAGGAACUAGAAAGGAUAUAAAGUCAUGUUCAUAAUGCUCAACUUCACCGAAUUGAUCCCAAUCUCCCCAGCACCCUAUACUUUUCCUCAUUAUACAGUCUCCAACAGGUUUAAUCACUCCAAGAUGAAGACAAAUGGAUAGAGUAGAUGUUUUUACAAAAUGCUCAGCAAAAGAAAUUAGAGACAUAUUUAGAUAAAGUAGGGCACAUUAUUCUUAACAGAAGAACAAGACUAAAGAUGCUCAUAGGUUUUGAUCCCCAUAUAAUUUUUCUUCCUCUUUCUAAGGGACAUAUUGACAAUGCUUUUAUUGAAAAUAUAAAUUGGAAAGUCAGUCUCUCUGAUUAUUUAGAAUCUUAGGUUGUCAUUAAACUAAAUCUACACUUCGUACCAUCCUUGAAAAUACACAGAAGAUAUUACAAAAAAUAAUCAAACACACUCCCUUAGAUGACACAGCUACCUACGUAUUAUACUGAUGGAAGCAGUAAUGGCAAAGGUGUUUAUUGAGGACCUACCAAAAAAGGUAUCUCAACAUUCUACAAGUCUGCACAACAGGGAAAGUAAUAUGCUAUAAAACUACUACUUACUAUAUUUCAAGAGCCAUUAAAUACUGUGAGUGAUUCUCAGUAUAUUUGACAAAUUCUGGCAUUUUUAAAAAACUGCCACUCUCCCUUCUCUCAUUAUCAAUUUAUUAGCAGAUGUUCAAACCUACUGAGAGCUAGAACUAAUCCUCUUUAAAUUAUACACAUCAGGGCACAUACUCAGUUACCCUGAGCUAUGGUUCUGGCAAUGCUCAGGUUGGUAGUUCAGUGGCCACUUUAUUACCAGAUGAUUUUUGUUGGCGUGCUUUAACUCACUGUAAUUCUAGGACCUUACAGGAAAAAAACUUGAUUUAAUGAGAAAACAAGCUCAAGAAAUUAUUAAACAAUGUAAUUCCUGUGCUUCAUUAACAGUUCCCUCAUACUCAGAGGGAAUAGACCCAAGGAGACUUCAAGCUAAUGAUUUAUGGCAAAGGAUGUUACUCAUAUGCCAACCUUUGAUAAGCUGGCUUUUGAACAUUUUAUAUAGAUACUUACUCAGCGUUUCUGUGGCUACUCCUCUGGCUGGAGAAAAAGUUACCCAUGUUAAAACACAUAUGUUGUCUUGCUUUGCUGUAAUGGGAUUAACUAAAGAAAUUAAGACAGAUAAUGGUCCUGCCUAUACACCUUCUGCCCUUCGAUGCUUUUUUUCAACAGUGGAAGAUUAAACAUAUUACUGCUAUUCCAAUAACCCCCAGGGACAAGCUAUUAUUGAAAGAUCGCAGUUAACAUUAAAACAACAAUUAUUCAAACAAAAAGGGGGAAAGAGAUCAAGCAUUAUUUACUCUGAAUUUUCUAAGUUUAAAAGAUGAGCUUCACAGAGUCAGAGCUACUGAAAACCACUGGGCCAAGGAGAGACCUGUGUGUAGACAACCUGUGUGGUGGAAGGGUGAAAUGAAAGGAGAACGGAAAAAGGGAGAUGUGGUAACGUGGGAGCGAGGAUAUGCUUGUGUUUCCUCAGGAGAGACACCAGCGGUUACCUUCCAGACUGGGGAAGCCUGGCUAUGGCGAAACGGGUGCGAUGUGAUUGUGACCCACCGGUGGAAGAAAUGAGGAAUCUGACUCUGAGGAUGGCUGUCGGCCCCACACUGAGAACCAGACAGGCUCACCCUCCGACUUGGGGACAACUGAAGAAGCUGAACCAGGAAGCCGAUAAAAUCCUUGUUAGGACGGGAAAACCCAAGACUGCUGUUACCAUGUGUUUAGCGAUGUUAGCCGUGCUUGAAAUGAGUUCUUCCAUCAAGCAAGAAGAAGAAACCAAUGGGAACAGCGGCAGUUGAACUUGGCUGCUCUAUUUACAAUUAAAACUGCUUUAAAGAAAAAAGGGGGAACUGUUGGAGUCUGAUACAAUGGAGUAUUAGCAGAAGUUAAAGUACGUGCCUUUAAGACUGGAAAACCAGUCAGACGAAGCCGGAACACUGGCUGAGUCAAAAGCUCAACGUGCUUUAGCUUCAGUCACCAGUCCAAAAACAUAGCAAGAAACAUUAACGGGGGAAAACAAGAACCUCUUCAGAAAGCAGUUCUGGGUGUAUCUAUAGCACUAUUAUUGAUGAAGACAUUGUUUUAAGCAAGGAAACAUCACGCUGUGUGAAUUUGCUUGGGUGCAUUUUUCUAAUAAAAAUGUGAUGUCGCUUUGAUUUGGAACUCUUGUACUUUGUGGCCCUGACCCCCUGGUCCCACUUCCCUUGCUUUUUAAUUUCUUCUCAAUUCAUUCAGCUCUUCUGGGUCAAUCCUGUUCACCAAGGAUAUCCUAACAACACGUAUCCCUCUUUUAUCUCCACUGCCCUACAU